UCUUAACAUUCACUUGGAGCUCACUAAGUGGGAGGAGAAACAAAUCAGUAAUAUCAGGACAGGAGCCAUGCUAGCCUAUAUAAGCUGGUGGGACAUUUUCUUUUUCCGUACUUUCCUUCUGGCCUAACCAGCAAACCUACAGCUCCUCCCAAGCUCGUCUGAGAGGUUCAGAACACCAACAUGGAAAACUGUGUUGAUGUCAAGAUAGAAACCAAGGGGGAAAGAAUGCCAGUGAAGCAGAAUCCACUGAGCACCGGUGGGAAGAGUUUCUGCAGAGCUGUGGGUUACCUCACUGGAGACAUGAAGGAUUUUGGAACCUGGCUGAAAGACAAACCUCUCGUGAUCCAGCUCCUGGACUGGGUGCUGCGUGGGAUAUCCCAGGUGAUGUUUGUGAACAACCCCCUCAGUGGGCUGGUCAUUCUGACUGGCCUCCUGCUCCAGAACCCGUGGUGGACGCUCACAGGAUGUGUGGGAACAGUUGUCUCAACUUUAACAGCACUUAUUCUGGGUCAGGACAGAUCAGCCAUAGCAGCAGGCCUGUACGGAUACAACGGGGUCUUGGUGGGAUUGCUGAUGGCUGUCUUCUCUGCUGAUGGAGACUACAACUGGUGGCUCCUCCUGCCUGUGGCACUGGUGUCCAUGACCUGCCCUAUUUUCACCAGUGCUUUAAGUGCAAUUUUCUCUAAGUGGGACCUGCCUGUUCUCACCUUGCCUUUCAACUUGGCCUUGACCCUCUACCUGGCUGCUUCAGGACCACACAACCUCUUCUUCCCUACGACCAUCAUUCAUCCUGCAACGGCCACACCGAACAUCACCUGGGCAGAUGCUGAAAUCACAAUGCUCCUGCAAUCCAUCCCAGUCGGCGUGGGCCAGGUUUAUGGUUGUGACAAUCCCUGGACUGGGGGAAUUUUCCUGAUUGGUUUGUUUAUCUCCUCUCCACUCAUUUGUGUCCACACAGUGAUCGGCUCAGCAGUGGGGAUGCUGGCAGGGCUGAGCUUAGCAACGCCGUUUAACCAAAUCUACUCGGGGCUGUGGGGCUACAACAGCUGCCUGUCCUGCGCGGCCAUCGGGGGCAUGUUCUUGGCUCUCACCUGGCAGACACACCUCCUGGCCAUGGCCUGUGCACUCUUCACUGCCUACCUGGGAGCAGCAGUGACCCACAUGUUGUCUGUGUUUGGGGUGCCAUCUGGAACCUGGCCCUUUUGCUUGUCUGCGCUGACCUUCCUGCUAAUGACCACCAACCACCCUGCGAUCUGCAGGCUGCCACUCUCCAAAGUCACCUACCCAGAAGCCAACAGAGCUUAUUAUCUGAUGAUGAAGAAACACGAGAGGUCCUGCUGUGAGGCAUAGAGACCCAAGAAGAGAGAAACUCAGCUCGUUUUAAGGCAAGAGCAAGAGGUGUUUGCCCAACAGACUGUGAUUUGUGCGCUACAAUGUCCAACACCACCUUCUGCGUGGAGAGACUUUUCCCACCACAUCUGUUUGUUCUAUUAAGAAGAUUUCCAUUAGGUAGGACUGGGCUGUGCUGGAAGGACCAUUUCCCAGUAUCAACCUGUUACGAUUUUAAAGCACACAUGUCUGAAAGGACACUUGAAUUAUAAGCAAUGGGAAAAUGACUGAUAAGCUGAAAAGAAAAAUCUCUCUAUGAAAUUGAAGACACUGAAAUCAGAAGUAAAGAAAUAAAGAGCAUCUUUCAGUAUAUGAGGGGGCUUCAAAUUAAUAGCUAAACAUCUUAUGACAGCAAUGAGAGGCAUCUUAGAGAGUUUCAUUGUAGCAGAGAAAUUGAAUAAAGAGCACUCCUUGCCAAGUAGAAAAUAGGUUGUGAAGAAUUCUACCUGGAGGACCUCUCAGACCGCAUGGAGAGAGAUGUUCAUUAGCAAUCAAAAACAUAAGAUAGACAUGAUUUUGUGAUUUUUGUGUUAAUCUCAUGAUUUCUUUUAAUACUUGAAUUUGGUGAUGGGUUAGCAAAGGAGGGGACAGCAAGAAAGUCAUUGCUGUCCCUUUCUUAUGCAAUAAAAGGGCUCUGUUCAGUCAGUGCACAAAAAUAGAACUAAUCUGAGCUGAUCUUCUGAACUCCUCUCCUUCCACUGUCCCACUCAGCCCAGGAAUAUCAAACAGCAAAAUGCUGCACUGUCCCAGCCUGCUGCUGAAGCUCAGGAGGCUCGGGGGGACCUUGUGGCUCUGCACAGCUCCCUGACAGGAGGGGACAGCUGGGGGACAGCUCCAAGGCAACAGGGACAGGAGGAGAGGAAAUGGCCUUAAAUUGUGCCAGGGGAGGUUUAAAUUGGAUUGGAUUCUUGGGGAUAAUAUCUUCGUAGAAAUGUAUUAGUGUAGAUAAUAUCUUUGUAUCAAGCCUAGGGAGAGGCUGUUGGGGCAGAGGUGGUGUCCCCAUCCCUGGAGGGUUUUAAAGGCCUCGUGGGUGUGGCACGUGGGGACAUGAGUCAGUGGUGGCCUUGGCAACAACUCUGUGAUUCUGUGAGGCUGCUGCUCUGCCAAUUCUCUCUGCCCCACAGUGGGAAGGGGACGUUUGAGGUCCAGCAGAGCUCUGCAGGACACCAGCCAUGUGCCACCUCUGCCCAGGCUCCCAGGGUGUGCAGGUAGAGAGGAGGGAAGCUGUCCUUGCACCCACCAGUGUGGUCACCUCAACAGGCAUUAACCUUUGUGCCUGGCUCACUGACACACUCUGUCUCAUGUUGAAGCUCACAUCUUCACCAAAAAUAUCCCAUGUGCUCAGGUCCUUCAGCUGAAAGGAGCCUAUAUGCAUUAACGUCACACCAGGAAAAGCAACCCAAAACCUGCUGUUUUCCUUGUAGCAGAUGAAAUAAAAUCUAAUGAUUGCUGAGUUUGGGAAGGGGAAAAAAAAAACCAAACAAUGAAUUUUUGCAAACAUCACAAAGGCCUGAGUGUAAAAUAUUUGUGAUGAACUGUUGGCAGUAUCUUCUGGUGAAGUUUUAGGUUUUCAGAUGUUCAACAGUAUUUCUGUAUGACUGACAUUCACUUGUAAAAUGUAGCAUUUCCAUGAUUUACUUAAUAAAUAUCUACAUAAUGUUCUGUGGAGUUAAUUUCUAAAACAAACAUUCAUACUUUUUUGAGUUUGCUAUAAGUUUCUCUCU